GAACUUCGAAACACAGACACAUGUCUCCGCCCCUCUCCCAUAUAUGACAGCUGCAGGCUUGACCAGAGGGUGAGUCGGGGUUGUGAGAGUUGGGAAAGACUUCAACAACUCCUGCAGUGCGAAAACAAAUCUGAAGAAAUGCGGGUGGCAGUGAUUGGAGCUGGAGUCAUCGGCCUGUCAGCGGCUCAGAGCAUCUACGAGCAGUUUCACUCCAUCGUCAGUCCACUGAGCAUCGAGGUGUAUGCAGACUGUUUCACUCCUCUGACCACGAGCGAUGGAGCUGCUGGCUUGUGGCAGCCCUACCUGUACGAUAAAGGCAAUGUCCAGGAGACAAAAUGGAAUAAGGAAACAUUUGACUACUUGCUGAGCUGCCUCAGAUCGCCAGACUCCAUUCAAAUGGGUGUAUUCCUUCAAUCUGGCUACAACCUCUGCACUGAACCAGCCCCAGAUCCCUCAUUUAAAGAUAUCGUCCUAGGCUUCAGACAGCUCACAGAGCGAGAACUGCAGAUGUUUCCCGGAUACAAUCAUGGGUGGUUCAACACUGCUCUCAUGCUGGAAGGUAAAACAUACUUACCUUGGCUGAUGGAUUGGUUGCAAAAAAGGGGAGUGACAUUUUACCAAAGAAAAAUAGAUUCCUUUAAGGAGCUGGCUGAGUCUGGGGCAGACGUGAUAAUAAACUGCAGUGGGAUGAGAUCAGGAGAUCUCCAGCCGGACCCUGAGCUCAAACCCGGGCGGGGGCAGAUCGUGAAGGUCGAAGCGCCGUGGCUGAAGCAUUGGAUUCUCACCCACAAUUUAAAAAAAGGAGUCUACAAUUCACCAUACAUCAUUCCAGGGAGUCGACUCGUGACAGUCGGUGGGAUUUUACAGUUAGGGAACUGGAGUGAAAAGAACAAUUCUAUGGACCAUAAGUACAUCUGGGAAAGCGCUUGUCAGCUCGAGCCAAGUCUCAAGCAUGCCAGGAUAGUGGAGGACUGGGCCGGCCUCAGGCCUGUUCGCAGCAAAGUCCGAUUGGAGAGGGAGACCAUACAGUCCGGAGCAGCUGCAAUAGAGGUGAUACACAACUACGGACAUGGAGGUUUUGGACUCACCAUUCACCGGGGCUGCGCCCAAGAGGCAGCGAGACUCUUCGGUCAGAUUGUGGAACAAAAAGGGAAAGGUCCAAAAGCUCGCUUGUAAAUUUCUGUGCAGCUGCAUGAUUGAUUGAUUGAUUGAUUGAUUGAUUGAUUGAUUGAUUGAUUGAGGUGCACUUCGAAUUUUAAUGUCAGUUCCUUGUGCCUCAUAAUCCAAAAACUGUUAUUUUCUAUAACCAGCAUUUUAGCAAACAGAUUUUCAAUUUCCAUACCUUUGGGGUACUUACAUUACAUAAAUACAACUCAUUUUUGUAACUUGUAUGUAACUCUAAAGAGUAGACGCCAAUUAAAUGAUUCACAUCUAAUCAUAGAUAAAUCCAUAGAUGCAUAUGUUCAUUUAAAGAAGUAUAUAGCUUAAA